AUGGUCGUCCUACCCUCACCCUUCAGCGAGAUCAGUCGCGUUCCCCUCAUGUAUGAUCGCCCGGCAGAUGUCCAAAUCCUGAACCGACUGACGGCCAAGCUGAGCUGUGGCGCUACCUUCUGGGUCAAGCGAGAUGAUUCAAAUUCCGGCCUAGCAGGUGGUGGCAACAAGAUCCGCAAACUCGAGUACGUCCUGGCGGAUGCCCUGGCCCAGGGUGCCGAUACUUUGGUGACGACUGGUGGAAUUCAAUCCAACCACAUGAGGCAGACGAGUGCUGCGGCGGCCCAUUUAGGUCUAGAUGUGGCCUUGUUCCCUCGCGACUUGGUUCCAUCCAACGUGACGGAGUACUCCUAUGCCGGUAACGUUCAAUUAAAUCAAAUACUGGGUGCCGAAGUCUUCCCAGUCGAUACUACUGAAGAGGAGAUUAUCGAGACUUUAAGAAGCCGCGGCAAGCAGCCGUACCUGAUCCCAUCCGGGGCGAGCCUCCACCCUCUGGGCGGACUCGGUUAUGCCAGAGCCGCAUUUGAGAUCCUUGAACAGGAGAAGAAACUUGAUGUGAAGUUUGAUACUAUUGUUACUGCUGCAGGAUCUGGUUCGACAUUGGGCGGACUGGUGGCAGGUUUUAAACUUGUAGAGAGUCGUGGCCUUUCACAAAAGAAACGGCUCUUAGGCUUUUCUAUCGGGCAUAAGAAGGCUGAUAUGACUGAGAUCGUUCUUCGUACUGCGAGGACUGCUGCUGCGAAGAUUGGUCUCAAGGCGGAAGAUAUCACUGAAGAUGGUUUCGAAAUAAGUGAUGAGUUUCUAGGAGACGCUUACGGGGCGUUGAAUACGAGGACUAUGGAUGGCAUUAAGGAGCUUGCCCGGACAGAGGGAAUUCUGACAGACCCUGUGUACACUGGCAAGGCUUUCACAGGCCUCCUCAGCUUUGCAAAGAAUGGCAAGCUCUCAAAAGGAAACGUGCUGUUCUUACAUACAGGUGGUCAAGUGGCUAUGAGUGCAUAUCCCCAAUUGAAGUAG